AUGUCUGUCUUCGCUCAGUCUCUAAGCAAUGGCUUUGGUCCCUUGCCGAGACUAGGGGACAUUCUGGGAAGAGAUAUCGUGCACGAUAUCGAGGACGAUGACCUGAAUGUGUGGGACAAAGGCAUCUUCAUCAACGAACUCCUAAAACAAGGAAUCGCCCUUCGAACCGGCGACAAUGGCGAGGUUGGUAGCAGACUUGCUGCGAGGAGGGGCCUUGCACAGGGAACUUAUAGAGGAACACGGAUGGCCUUGACGGAACUCUACAGCUUGAUCGAAGAAGCAGCUGUUUCCCACUUCGAUGUCCAUGGCUUCGAGCCUAUCCUCCCCAUAAAGCGAGAACUCAGUCAGAAGCGGGAUACCUAUAAAUGGAGCAAUCCUGCCGAGGACAACUACCCUCCUCAUCUCCUCACGGUCCCUGCGGAUCAGGCCAACGGAGCUCCAGGUGUUGGCAACAUCUUCAACCUACAGUCGCUGGGGUUCGUGACUCUCAUCGCUCAAGCGGUGGGCUUUAUCAUCCCAGAAGACAUUGAAAAGACGGGCACUCCGUUUGCGGGUCCCACUCUUGCAGACUGCGAGAAGUACAACCAGGAGCAUCCAGGCGCAAAGACUGACAUCAUGAAUGGCGAGAACUUCGGCAACUUGCCUGAUUGGUACUCAGAUGCUCGCUUUGCUCAGCAACACUUCAGUGGAGUCAAUCCUUCAACGAUCGAGAAGAUCAAGCCCGAUUUAGUGAGUGCAUUUGUUGCGGAGGCCGACAAACAGAAGCUCGCGGGUGUGAGCAAGAUACUCUCGGAGAACCAAGACCUGUUUGUCCAGGACUACUCGUACUUUCGCCGAGCUACUGGUGUAAGCAAUGAGGAGGAUUUCCAAAAUGCUGUGCCAGAACUGGUCGGUGGAAAACCGACGGGCAAAGUAGAAUUUCGAUUUGGCUGUGCUCCCAUUGUGGUUUUCCAGCUUCACAACGACGGACGUCUGCACCCACUGGCCAUCACGAUUGACUUCAAGGGUAGCCUCGAUAAGUCAGUCACUAUCUUCAAUCGCCGUCUGACACCCCAGGACAGCAAUGUUGAUGAGAAGAACGAUUGGGCCUGGAGGUAUGCCAAAACCUGCGCCCAGACUGCCGACUGGGCAAGGCACGAAGUAGCAACGCACCUUGUCGACACACACUUGGUCGAAGAAGCGAUCAUAGUGGCGACCAACCGCACAAUUCCUGAGGACCACAUUCUGUACGAGACCCUCAGCCCUCACUGGUUCAGAACCCUUGCAUUGAACAAAGCUGCUCGCGAUGUCCUGGUUCCAGCUGUGAUCGCUCGACUUGCUGGCUUCGGACCAUCCAUCGACCCCAAGACAAGCCGCGCAGUCAAAUUCGUCGACUGGUCCUACCAAAACUUCGACUUCCAAGCAAAAUACAUCCCCGCCGACCUGAAGAAGCGCGGCUUCAACGUCGAGCAGCUGACGACAGAGAAGUACCGCAACUACCCCUACGCCACCGACAUGUUCCUCCUGUGGGGCGUGAUCCGCGACUUCGUCAAGUCCGUGCUGGGCACCAAGUACAAAUCCGACAGCGACGUCCAGCGCGACCCGUACAUCGCCGACUGGUGCCGGGAGAUCCAAACCGCCGGCCAGCUGCCCAGCUUCCCGACCAUCACCACGCUGGAGCAGCUGCUCGACGCAGCCACGAUGUGCAUCCACACGGCGUCGCCGCAGCACACGGCCGUCAACUACCUGCAGGACUACUACUACAGCUUCGUCGCCGCGAAGCCGGCUGCGCUAUGCACCCCGCUGCCCAAAGACCUCGCGUCGCUGCAGUCCUACACCGAGGCCCAGCUCACGGCCGCCCUGCCCAUCGGCCCCGACGGCGCCAAGUGGAAGGACUGGCUGCUCGCGGCGCAGCUGCCCGAGCUGCUGAGCUACAAGGUCGAGAAGGAGUACAACCUGCUCACGUACGCCAAGUCGCUGUACAAUGUGAACAAGGGCCGCACCAACUUCGAGAACAAGCAGUGGGACUCCAAGACGAUCAAGGAGGCGGCGGCGCGGCUGUACAGUCGGCUGAUUGAGCUGGAUGGCGUGUUCAAGCAUGUCAGUGAUAGGCAGACGGAGGGCACGGUCGAGUAUAAGGUGUUGCAGCCCGAGGUGACGGCGGUGUCGAUUCUGAUCUGA